AUGUUCCCCUUCAACACUCCGUACAAUCACUUGUUACAUUGGGCUUUCAUCUUCUUUGCGGCGCCAUGGCUCUACAGUUACUUCAACGAACAGAAUCGACUGGAUUCUAUGUCUGUGGAGCAGGCCAUAGUAAAGUCAUGGGACAGAGUCAUAUCACAGCCAUCUAUCAAGUUCAGAAAGGUUGUUGUGGGGUAAGAGUAGGGCACUAUCAUUGCAUUACAGUACUGUUUAAAUAAGUUAAUUAAUGAUGUUACAUUACACCCUAGCACAACUGGUUGUAUCACAUAAUAAAUUUAGUGACACCGACAAAACGCUAUCUAAUAAUAGCCAUCUUAGCAUUGUACUGUUUUAGCAUCAACUGUAACGUAGAUGUCAUCGUGUCUGGAGUAGGCAUGGUGAACAAGUUGAACUUGUCAUCAUCAGAAGUCUGUGACCAUGAAGUCAUGAACAGUCUGAAGGACCUCUACGAGACCUUCAUCUACUUCUUCUCUCGUGGAGCACCAGCUGAGCGCUACAUGGGUGAAGAAGAAGCCUUUGAGAAGUUGGUGGCCACGGCCGAACUCAAAAAUCAACGUGCUCACUACUCGAUUGGAGGUAACGCUGCUCUGAUGGCACAGCAAAUUGCAUCUUCAUUUCCAUUGACUACUGUAAGUUACCUUAUUUCAUAGUUCUUUGUGUUUAGGCUGAUUUAGUAUGUUUACAUACUAGUUAAAUAUUGUAAAUAGUACUGUUUAGUAUUUUAAUACUAUUUAAUAUCGUGUAGUAUUAUAUCUUUUAUUUUUAUAAUACUUUUGAGUUUAGGCGUACUUGGUGGGACCAAUUGGACCACGUUCUCAGGCUUUACUACAUCCGUCAAUCCAAAGAAACAACUCGACGAGGAUUGUACAAGAUGAAAUGCACGUGAUUCUGGAGUACAAACAAGGAGAGAUUCAAGGAGAAUAUGUCUCACCAGCUUCUUCACGUUUCAUCACAUCUCAUGAUCAAUACAGGUAACCAGUGAUAUAUGAGUCUUUAUAAAUAUAUAUAAUUUAUAUAACCAAUAAUGUACAUUUUUAUUACUAUGUAACAACCUAUAUGUACUUUCUUUGAUAACCAUAUAACGAACUAGAUUCAUUUCAGUGGCAGCUCAGUAGUCAUUGAAAUGUUCUUCAAAGCCAUAGCUCAGUACCGUCCUGAUCUCGUCGUAUUCUCGGGUAUUCAUUUGUUAGAAGCUCAAGUAAGUAGACCAAUUUGCAUUGUCAUUACCAUCAAACAUACGGUAUGCUUAGAAGUCUUUAUCUGUUAUAAUAUACGAUUAACAACUCUAUUUUAGCAACGUCAAGUCCGUCUAGAGAAGCUACGACUCAUCAAGCGAUCGUUGAUGCAAGUGAAUCCCUUGAUUCCAAUUCACAUGGAACUGGGAAGUAUGGGUGACGCCUCUCAUGCUCACGAAGUUCUGUACAGGGUAAGUCUACACAAUAACAGACAUAACUAAUAUUAUAUCUCUUAGUAGAUGUAAUAUAAAAAUUUAUUUUAAGAUCAUACCAUACGUAGAUUCACUUUCCAUCAACGAACAAGAACUGGCAUUCAUCUCCAAAGUUGGAAACGGCCCUUAUCAAGAACAAUAUCCAGUACGAGCUGGUGCACUUCAUGCUUACAAAGUAAGAAAAAACUUUCCAAAACUUGUAAAAAAAUUUAAAACUAUAAGCAGCGAAAGUUAAAACAAAUUCUUUUAGGUAGUUGAGAUGCUUUACUGGCUGCUCACAACCUUAGGCCAUGAUAAGAACAACCCGGCUGCCAAAAACUACAACUACCGUCUACAACGCAUUCACUUCCAAUGUCUAACAUAUCACAUUGUGGUACGUUUACUUAUGCCUAACAAAAAGUAAAGUAAUCUGGCUAAAAUUUUAACCCACUUAUCAAAAUAAUCACAAACUGGCCUAACAAAAACAAUAUUCAGGUUAGCCGAGGAACAGACUGGUCCAAUUUAGGGGCUGGACUAGCUGCUGGAGCUAGACUAGCCGGCAGACAGUCAUGCAACUUGGGUAACGACAAAUAUGGCAAUGACAAACUAGAGAUACGAUCGGGUAGUAGUGUUUUACUUGACAAACAGAUCGACAAGGUGUACCAGUUCAACCAGCACAAGUAAGUCUUCUUAAUAACAAUUUUUAGGUACAACUAGUCUAUCUUGUCAACUUUUGUAUACAGACUUUUACUUAUUAUAGAGAAAAUAUAUAAUCUUUUACCAUAUUUCAGCCCUCUGGCAUCAUGGAUGAGAAACGAAGUGGUGUUCAUCUACACCCCAGUACUAGUAUGCAAAUACCCACAACAGACAGUCGGCGUGAGCGAUGCCAUUUCAGCCACAUCACUACUUUACUCCCAGUUUUACAAACUGGAGAAGUUCUAAAAUACGAGUAUUCGAAUAGUUUCCCAUAGCUUUUGUUACCUUUUUUCCUAAUUUUACCGCAUUUUAACAAUUUUUCCUAGAAUUUACUGGUUUUGUUAGCUUUUUCAUAAUUUCUGUGAAUAAAGAGAUAUUCGGUGUGCGCAAAAAGUGGUCAUGUCUCGAUGACGUAUACAUCUCACGCCUUCAUGAAUCCGUUUCUCUCUACCGUAGCCGAAUUCCCUUUGGUCUUUUCGAUUCGAAAAAGUGAUCUAAAAUAAGGUGGCGAAAGCAAAAGUGAUUGUUUUUCGAGGCCGCUGAUAACGUAAACAAAAUAAACAGCCUUAUUAGGUGAACCCGGUUCGCCAAAAGAGUUUCCCGGGCGAGAAGUCGGAGGUUUCACGUUGGCGUGGUCUUAAACAGAAGAGACAAGUCUUCUUCUGUUUGUCGUGUUGUUUCUUUUAUUUCUCGUUUGGCGACGAGAUCAGCACGAUGAGGGUUUUUAUACUCUCAAUAUGUAUCUUGGCACUAGGUAACGGAUUGUUUUUAUUUUUUGUGUUUUUAGACUUUUUUCUUAUAUUAUCCUUAAUAAAAUUUGGAAGAGCCAACGUUUUUAUAAAUUAAAAUAUUUCAGGUGGUGCGCAAGAUCCAAACGCAGGUCAACCUCCUCAAAAUGCUCAAGGUAAGCGCUUAUAAAGUUAUAUUAUUGGUGUUUAGCUCAAGCUCCAAACGCGAAUCAACAAAACAUUGGCAAUGGACCUCAACUUGUCCAUAAAGUUGAAUGUCGAGGAGAUUUGGACAAAUACUGUAAGAAGGCGAUCGCUCAGCUACCUCCCAAUGAAGUCUUGAGUGAUAUGGCUGCGUUGGAGUGUCUUCAGGAAGCUGGCUACAGUGAAACCGAGAAGCUGACUCCAGAUUGUGCUCAAGCUGUCUGGGAGUUCAAGGUAAGAUUUUAUGUUAAAUAACUUUAAAAUAAAUUUCUUAACAAUAUCUUGUUUUAUAUAACCAUAGUAUGUUGUUUAGAUUGUAUUGACUCAAGAUGCCAGAUUUAUCGGUGCUAUAAAACAUUUCUGUGAUAACGAAAUCAAAGCUAAUCCAGGAAUAGCUGCUUGUGCCAACGAUCAACGACCAGGCUAUGCUUUGUCUUGUAUUAUGGACUUUGCCCAUACUAUGGACCAAAACACACAGUGUUUCCAAUUUUUAGGUAUCUUUUUGACUUUUUUUUUAAUUUUAGGUAUAAACUUUUACGAGAUGCUAAUUAAACUUUUUUUCUUAGUAACAUAGCGUCGAGAAAUCUUAUAGAAUUAUAAUUAAUUAUAAUUCAAUUUAAUAUCGUACAUAAAAAUGAUGUUACAGUGAGAACUGAACGUCUCGCUUUCUCUGACUUCCGACUUGUGGCCCCAUUCGUCGAGAAGUGUGGUCCAACUGUAGGUAAUCUUGGUUGUGGAACCUUGACCAAGCCUUCAGCACACCAAGGAGCUCGUUAUCCUCAUUCACAAGGCUCUGUUCUUGAGUGUUUGAUUGAUAAGAUGGUUAAUAUCCCGAAAGAUCCUGUCAAGGCUGAGGUUGUCAAGAAUUUGCCAUUAGAAUGUAGAAAGGAAGUGAUGAGGAUAGCUGAACUGCAAUCUGAAGACUGGCACAUGGACAGACCGUUGUACUUUGCUUGCAGAGAAGACAGAGAACGAUUCUGUUCUGAAGUUCAAGGUGGAGAAGGUCGAGUAUUCCAAUGUUUGAUGGACCACAAGGACGACAAGUUGAUGGAACCAGAGGUAAGGUUUUUGACAGAUUUUUUAUUAUAAUGUUAAUUUUUAGAUUUCUGUUAUUGUUUUAAUGAUAAAGAAUGUUACAUUAACUAUCAUUUAACCUCCAUAUCAUUUCAGUGUGGUAAAAUCUUGUCUGAACGUGCCGGCUUAAUGGGUCAAGAUUACAGACUAGCCCAUCCAUUGUUGAAGGGAUGUAAGAACGAGAUGAAGGCAUAUCAAUGUACUCCUCAAGUCGGAUUCGAAAGGUCCCAAAACUUCCAUUUGAGUUGGGUUUUGUUGUGUCUGGAAAAUGGUCAUCACCACUUUACUAAACAACAACAUGAUAAACAACAAGCUGAGAAGGACAAGAAAGAACCUCAAGCUACUCCCGAUCUUAUGCCAUUCACUCCAGAAUGUACCCACGAGAUGCAACAACACCGAGCCAUGAUGGUGUCUGAAUUCAGAAUGAGUCCAGAGUUGGUCAUGACUUGUGCACAGGUACGUUUACUUAUUGCUAUCACCUUUAUUUAUAUAUACUUAUUGCACUUAAAAUUAUAAGGGAUAUUGCUUGCAAAUUUAUAAUUUACCAUUAUUUUAGGAAAUCGACAAGUAUUGUAGUCCAAAAGGCGACCUCGAGACAGCCGGAAAGACCGUUCAUUGUCUGAUGGCUCACGCUGAAGCCAGAGACGAGAAGAAGACCCUUGGCCCACAAUGUGUGAAUGCUCUGAAAGAUUUGAUGAAGGUAGCUGAUGUUGGAUCUGAUUACCGUGUAGACAAGGUCUUGUGGCAGUCGUGUAGACCUCUGAUCGAAGGCAAGUGUAAGAUGGACGCGGUGUCUGAGGCUCAGACUUUGAGUUGUCUGAUGUCCAAUUUGGAUGGACCUGAUAUGACAGAUGAUUGUGAGGACAGACUUCUGGAGGUACAGUACUUCAUGGCCAGAGAUUGGAGUCUGGACCCACAACUUUAUGAAGCUUGUCAGAAGGAUGCCAUUGAGAGGUGGGUGUAGUCACUAAUAAUAAAAACAUACUUAAAGCUAUUCUAAUCAUUAUUUUGGGUAUGUUUAUAUUACUAUCGUCAAGUAUGUGCUAUUGUUUUACCUUACACAUCAUUGCCUUGUUUUCAGAUGUUCUGCUGUAGAUAACUGGCAUCAGAAUCAGCCGAAAGAACAACGGCCUGACCCAGGUCCCCAAGUCCUGGCUUGUUUAUACCGUAAUUCGUACGAUGAGGAGAAGCCUUUGGUACAAGAGUGUCAGAAUCAAGUUCACCGUGUACUCAGGGAACGUGCUCAACGUGUCAAUCUGAUCCCUGACAUUGAAGAAAGUUGUCGUGAAGCUCUGUCUGAAUACUGUUCUCAGAAUGUGAAGCCACAAGAGGUAAGUGUUCUUGGUUUUUUAACUGUCAUUAUAUAUGACAUUAUUAUUAUUUUUACCACUUAUAGUUUUUAUAAAAUGGUACGAAUUACCAUGAUAUUCUUCAUCAAUAUCACCUGUUUCAGGAAAUGAAUUGUCUUCAAAAGCAAUUCGAAGCACCUCAAUUCAAAGAGAAACACUCCAAAUGUCACGAAGAGAUCUACAAGUUCACUCAAAUGGAAUCCAAGGAUACCAAACUGAAUCGACUCCUUACUAUGGCUUGUCGACCGGUAAUCGACGUUUACUGUAAACAGUUGAUGAACGAAGACAUCGACCAUGGAGAUGUGAUGAUGUGUCUAUCUCAACAUAAAGAUGCUCACGAAAUGAACGGAAAAUGCCGAUCCUAUGUGCAACACUUUGAGCUGAUCUCCAUGAGGGACUACCACUUCAACUACAAGUUCACGCAAGCUUGUAAGCCUGACAUCGACGUCUAUUGCUCAGCUUUUGGUAACGACGAGUAAGUUUUGACUUGAGUAGUGGUAAGCAAGAGCAAAUGGGAUUUCUUAGCCAUUGAUUUUCGAAUUGUAUCAAUCUUGAAUAAUCAUGUAACAUAUAAUACAUGUAUGUAAAGUAAAUUGAAUAAUUUUAGAGGAGCGAUCAUCCGUUGUUUGUCUAACAUCAUGUUCGAGCACAAGGUACUGGGAGAGAACAAGGACCUCAGGAAGGAAUGCAAGAAACAGCUCCGAAAUGCCUUCCUUCAACAAGAACAGGUGGAUGUGAGUUUGGCUUCUAGCUUAGGGUAACGUAGUUGAGAUUACACAAAAUAUGGUUGAGGUAAAAGUAACUUUUGUAAAUGUAUUCUGUAAAAAAUCUUAUUUUUUAUUAAAGCGCAGGUUCGGUUCAAGGUAUUUUUUAGUGAUUAUAUCUGUAGCUACGCCUACAGAUGUAGAUCUAGGUAAGAGUAGGUAAGAUGAGAUGAUUCUUUAGCUUGGUGGCGUUUCGUUUUUAAUUUCUUUCGGUGCUCCAAAGUUUUGCUUACUUACAACUGUUGUAAUCUCUGUAACAUGUUGUUUUACCGUGUUAUUUCAGUUCGAUGACAAGGAACACAUGAAGGAUGUAGAUCCAGUGAUGAUGAAUGCUUGUAGCAAAGAUCUGAACAGAUUCCAGUGCAACAACCAGAACACGUUCGAAGGUGUGGUCGAGUGUUUGAGAAGUCACUUUGACGAACUUGGUAUGUUUAUCUUUGUUAUUUUGUUGGAUCUAACGUCAUUUUCUUAAUUAUAAUGUUUUUUGUCAAUUUUUCGUAAAAUCUUUGAAAAAAUAUUUUAAAAAUGUCUUACUGUUACAUUUGCAGACACCGAAUGUAAGAGAUACGUCUUCCAACGACAACAAGUUGAAGCCGCGGACAACAGUUUUGACAAUGAACUGCAGGUACGUCGCUUUAACAUUCUAAUGGUACAAUAUGUCAGUCAUACUUCUAGUUUUUGCCAUUUUUUUAGAAGACCUGCAGUUAUGAUAUUAACAAGUAUUGUCGUAGCCAAAACGAUGACAAAGUACUAGACUGUCUAAGUAACACCAAGAUUGUCAGACUUCUCCAGAGGGGAUGUCAACAACUUGUGAAGGAGAGAAUGCUGGAACGACUGGAAGACGACCGGUUGAAUCCAGGACUUCUGGCUGCUUGUAAAUCUGAAGCCGAAACUCAGUAAGUCAAAAUAAUCGAGGACGCCUUUUUAAAUGAAAUUUAAUGAAAUGACAAUUUUAAUGAUAAUGUUCUCUUUUAAGUUGUCCAGAGGAAUACCGACGAUUGAACAGUCCUCAACGUUCCAAGGACGCUUUGGAACCAGCAAUUGCCAACUGUUUGAGAGCCAAAUACACUCAGUUCAACAGCCAAGUACACCUAGGUCCACAAUGUAAAGACGAGGUAAGUUCACGGUUAUGAUGAGACAAUUUCUUUAGUGUUUGUCAAAAAAAAUGGUCUUGGUUAAAGAUAUUAUUGUAGAAGAUUAAUUCUCCAAUCAUCAAAACAUAACGAGUGUUUUGUUACCUUUUGUAAUUAAACGUUUGUAGGUCUCCAAAUUGAUAUUGGAAGGUGAAUUCGACGUCACGCUCGACCCUCAACUCUACAAAGCCUGUAAGGGAAUCAUAAACAGACAUUGCUCUAACAUCAUCCUCACGAAGGGCGGCAACUUCGACUCGGUUCUGGAAUGUCUGAAGGCUGAUCUCUACACGAAUCAGAUCUCGGACAGGAAUUGUGCCGCCCAAUUGAUCAGAAGAACCCAGGAAUCUCUGGUCGAUAUUCACAUGGACCCAUCACUUCACGAAGCUUGUUCAGUCGACGUCCAGAGGAUCUGCCGUGAUGUGCCUCCAGGGCAGGGUAGAAGUAAGUUUAGAUAUAUGUUGUCAUUGAUGGUGAAUUGUAGCAGAUGAUUCAUGUUUUACUGUUUUCUUAUUGUUUUUUUUACAAGUUGGUUAUUAAUUUAAGUGAUUUUUUCUUCAAAUUGCAAUUUAUAGCAUUACAAUAAUUAUUUUAGUCAUCACCUGCCUGAUCGAUGCUCUCGACGUGCCCCAAACCCCAAUGUCCUCGGGCUGUCGUACCAAGUUGGUGGAGCGAAAGAAGCUGUGGAACAUUGCUCACGACGAAUACAAAAUGGAACUGCCAGAAACCUGGGCCGAAGCCUACGAAGCCAUCGCCAACCACCCCCAACGCACCUCUAUCCUGACAGUGACCGGAGUGGUACUGAUGGUACUCCUCUUAAUAGGAUGUUGUUGUGGUCGCCUCACGAAACGCCAGUAUUCCGAAUUGAAGAACCGUUAG